AUGACUCGGUUUCGAGUCUCCUCACUUUUCUUUUUCACUCGCCUCACCUUCGCUCGAGAAUUGCUUAUAGUUUUGAGGAUCACUUUUGCGGCCGGAGGUCGGGAAGACGGCAAGUCGGCGGACAGUUCAAAGGGCCAGACUGGCGAAGAGACUGAGGCCGAGAUGAAACUGGUCGCCGAGACGGACUCGUUUCGCCCGAUCACCGGCAUCGAUGGCAACCUGAACGACCUGCUGGACGCCUCGAAUGUCCGACUGGAGGGU